AUGGCGACGAUUUUCAAAAAUGGGAAAUUCUUCAAAGGCGUUGAAGCAGAGAAAGCCAAUAGCGGCGCAACCGCAGAAUGCAUGAUCACAAACCACGACCUCAUCACAUACAUUGGACCCGAGGACAAUCCUCUUGUCGCCAAUGCCCUCAGCGACGCAUCCACAACCACAGUCGAUCUUGCUGGAAAAUGGGUUCUUCCCGGAUUCAUCGACGGACACAUGCACCUGCUGUUGCUCGGUUCCGCUCUCAAACGUGUCAAUCUGGAACCCUGCAAAAGCCUCGACGACAUUCGAGCCGCCAUCAAACAGUAUGCCCUUUCUAACCCUCACGUGCCGCGCAUCCUCUGUCGCGGAUGGAUGCACCCCAUGACCAACGGAGUCGCGCUGGCCAGCAUGAUUGACGAUCUCGACCCGCGGCCCAUCUUCAUCGACUCCAAGGACCUGCACUCGACAUGGUGCAACAGCGCCGCGCUGGCCGAACUCGGCGUCGAGACUGAACCCAACCCUGACGGCGGGGAGAUUCACCGCGACGAGCACGGUCGCGCAUCGGGUCUCAUCAGCGAAGCCGCCGCGCAGGUGUUUGUCUGGCCGCAUAUUGCGCGCGUGCAGCCUCUCGAGGACAAGCUUGCCUCGUUCAAAGCAGCCAUCAACGCGUACUCUGCCGCCGGGUACACCGGCAUGGUCGACAUGGCCAUGGACGAGAACGCCUGGGAAGCACUGCAGAUCUUGCAAUCCCGCGAGCGCCUCCCCGUACGUUUGGCAGCGCACUGGCUCAUCAACCCGAAAUCUACAGUAGAGGAGAACCUCGCGCAGGUCAACCGUGCGAUCGAACUCCACAAGCAGUUCAACGCCGAGACGUCGCCAGACUUGCGCAUUGCGGGUAUCAAGGUGAUUUGCGACGGCGUUGUCGACGCGUGCACUGCCGCCUUAUGCGAGCCCUACGCGUCAAAUGGAUCGUCCUGCGAGCCGCUCUGGCGCGAAGACAUGCUCAGAUCCGUCGUGAAACACGCAGACGCAGCGGGCCUGCAAUGCGCGCUUCACGCGAUUGGCGACAAGGCCGUCAAGAUGGCAAUUGACGCUCUCGAAGACGCCUGCGGCCCCGGCAAACGGCAUCGCAUUGAGCAUCUUGAAGUCACGAGACCCGAGGACGCGCAGCGUCUAGGCAAAUUGGGCAUCACGGCUUCAGUGCAGGCGGUGCAUGCGGACCCGGCCAUCCUGCGUGCGUGGCCAAAACUGCUGGGCCAUGAGCGCUGCGGCCGCGCAUUUGCCUACAAGGAUUUCCUGGACCAGGGAGCAGCGCUCGCGCUGGGAACAGACUCGCCGACUGCUCCAUACUUUGCGUUGCCGAAUAUUUAUACUGCUACGACACGACGGUCCGCGCGGGAGCCCGAGUCAGUGGAGACGGUGAAUGAUCAUUUUGCAUUGUCGCUGGCCCAGGGCCUCUCAGCGGCCUCGAAAGGCUCGGCGUAUUCUUGUUUUGCGGAUAAAUUUACAGGAAGCCUGCAGCAGGGGCUCAAGGCGGAUUUUGCGAUUGUGGACAUGGACUUUACGGCCGAGAAUCUGCUCAAGGCAAAGGUAUGCGAAACGUGGUUUGAUGGGCAAAAGGUGUUUCAGAGAGCUUCGCCGCACCAAUUCAUCGUCCCAAAAUAA